GGUGUUAUGAAAGGCGUGAAUGAAUCAUUUGGAUUCCGAGAAAAUGUGGUGGGAUCAAGUCUAUUCAGUCUCUCUUAUUGUCCCUCUUUCCCCUAUCUUGCAUGGAAUUCGUGAAAAAGUUUCUUGCAGAACUGAUAAGAAUGCAUCACAUUGUGAAAUACGGUUAUAAUUAAGCUUUUGGGAACAUAAAUACGGUAAUAAUAAGACAAAUACCCUAAUCCUACAUUGUUUUUAAACAUUAUCUAAAUAUACACAACAUGAAUUCGCAUGUGCACGUGCUCGUGCAACAGGUACCACGUGUAUUGGCUGUAUCACGUGCUUUUAGACUCUCUGUUUUGUAAACAAGCGCAUGCGCAGUUUUAGGUCAUGAGAGCGCUAAAAUCUCCAUUUCUCAACGGUAUUGAUUUUUCAAGUUGAUCAAAUUUAUCAGCAUCUUAGAAGAUUUUUCUCGUCACAGCUCCACUGAUUUGAAGGGAGUGGAAUAAAUAUCUUUGAAAAUAGUAGUUUAAAUUGUGCAAAUUUUCGCAAUUACGAUUGAACUGUUGCCUAUAAGUCAUUCAAAUGGGAAGUUUCAUCAAAUUUAUUAAUUUUAAGCUUUGUUUGCUGAGUAUGAUAGCAUUGAGUUACGCCCAAGCAUCUAUUGUCCACAUUGAGGCUAAUCCUGACGCAAAACGAUUGUAUGAUGAUCUGUUGAGUAAUUAUAAUCGUCUUAUUCGACCUGUAGUGAACAACACCGAAACGUUAACGGUAUGGCUAGGGCUAAAGCUAUCCCAACUGAUAGAAGUUAGUCUUCGGAAUCAAGUCAUGACGACUAAUCUGUGGGUUAAGCAAAAGUGGUUCGAUUACAAACUAAAAUGGGAUCCAGAAGAAUACGGCGGAGUUGAAAUGCUUUACGUCCCGUCCGAGCAAAUUUGGUUACCUGAUAUUGUUCUCUAUAAUAACUGGGAUGGAAACUACGAAGUAACGUUAAUGACCAAGGCCACUUUGAAGUAUACUGGAGAGGUGUUUUGGGAGCCUCCUGCAAUUUACAAAUCUUCCUGUGAAAUGAAUGUGGAGUACUUUCCGUAUGAUGAACAAACAUGCCUCAUGAAAUUUGGCUCAUGGACUUACAAUGGCGCACAAGUUGAGUUAAGACACUUGGAUCAGGUUCCUGGUAGCAACUUGGUUCAAAUAGGAAUCGAUCUAAGUGAAUUUUAUUUAUCAGUGGAAUGGGACAUCUUAGAAGUUCCAGCUAGUAGGAAUGAAGAAUAUUAUCCUUGUUGCCCGGAACCUUUUUCUGAUAUAACAUUUAAGCUUACGAUGAGACGAAAAACUCUCUUCUAUACUGUUAAUCUGAUAAUUCCAUGUGUAGGAAUUACAUUUUUGACUGUUUUAGUUUUCUAUUUGCCAAGUGAUUCCGGUGAAAAGGUGACGUUAUGUAUCUCUAUUCUCGUGUCAUUGACUGUGUUUUUCUUGCUUCUCGCUGAAAUUAUUCCACCGACAUCGUUAGCUGUCCCAUUACUCGGCAAGUAUCUACUGUUCACUAUGAUACUUGUUUCACUUUCUGUAUGGACAACAGUGUGUGUAUUAAAUGUAUGGUACAGGAGUACCUCAACCCACAAAAUGUCACCAAUAGUAAAACGCCUGUUUUUGGAAAUCAUGCCAAAGAUAAUGAUGAUGCGGCGAGCAAAAUACACACUGCCAGAUUACGAUGAUUCGACUCCGAGUAAUGGAUACACAAACGAAAUCGAUAUGAGUAUCAGCGAUUAUCCCGGAGAAUUCAAGGAGGGUGGUGAUAGCUUUGACAACAUUGGGAUGAAUCUUCCACACGGUUCAGUUGAAAACGAUAACGUCAUACCGAAGCAAUUAUCACCCGAGGUGCUCUCUGCAAUACAAGCCGUAAGAUUUAUUGCCCAGCACAUCAAGGAUGCUGAUAAGGAUAAUGAGAUCGUCGAAGACUGGAAGUUUGUUUCCAUGGUGCUAGAUCGGUUCUUCUUGUGGGUGUUUACAAUUUCUUGUAUUUUUGGAACAUUCGGAAUCAUCUGUCAGAGCCCGUCAUUAUACGAUACUCGUGCUCCCGUCGAUCAGCAGCUAAGUGAGAUUCCAUUGAGGAAAAACAACUUUAUGCUACCGCCCGAUAUAGUGCGUAUCACACUGGAUUAAGAACGAUAACGACAACGAAUUUGCAAUACAAACUGUCUUUUGUAUCUUGAACUUUAUGAUGGUGUGUUUAACGAAUCGUUGUUGAACAGAAUUACUGCUAUAUUAAUACACGUACCAAUAAUGGUUGGGCUUUCGAAUUAAUAAAUUUAGAAAUAAAAUACUCACAAUCACUGAA